AUGGGCAACGCAAAGAUCUCCAUAGUUCCUUUCCAGGCCUGUAGUGCUCUGUACUGCAUCAUUGUCUCUUCAGGCAGAUGGGUGCCUCCUGCAGCAAUGCAGCCGGGGGUGAGGGGUCGCCUCCUGCAAUCUCUUCAGGCCAGAUCUCUUUGUACCCUACCAUCUCUUCAGGCUGGAGCUCUUUGCCCCCUCACCUCAUCAGGCUGGAGCUCUUUGCCCCCUCACCUCAUCAGGCUGGAGCUCUUUGCCCCUCACCUCAUCAGGCUGGAGCUCUUUGCUACCCCCCCAACCUCUUCAGGCCGGAGCGCUUUGCUACCCCCCAACCUCUUCAGGCCGGAGCGCUUUGCUACCCCCCAACCUCUUCAGGCCGGGCGCUUCACUACCCCCCCCAACCUCUUCAGGCUGGAGCUCUUCGCUACUCCCCCCCCUUUCAGACCGGAGCUCUUUGCUUUCUCCCCCCUUUUCAGACCGGAGCUCUUCGCUACCCCCCCCCCUUUCAGACCGGAGCUCUUCUGCUUCUCCCCCCCCCUUUCAGACCGGAGCUCUUCCUUCUCCCCCCCCCUUUCAGGCCGGAGCUCUUCGCUACUCCCCCCCUUUCAGGCCGGAGCUCUUUUGCCCCCCCUUUCAGGCCGGAGUCCUUCGUCCCUCCCCUCCACCUCUUCAGGCUGGAGCUCUUCGCCCCUCACCUCUUCAGUUCGGAGCCCCCCCCGUAACUCUUCAGUCCAGAGCUCUUCGCCCCCUAUCUCCCCUGUCCACUUUUUUCUCUUCCUCUCCCGCUUUUCUACCUGUGUACUUCCUUUCUUCUGUGUCUUUUUUACUAUUCGAGCAGAUAUUCAGGAGAAUGCCGCGUUGGUCUCUCACCCUAUUUUAUUUUUUCCUUCCUGCAUGACUUUUAUUUCUCUUCUGCACUAUUAUGCAAAAAAGAAAAAAAAAACUUUUCUUUUCUCCUCUCUAUGCGUGUGUAUGCAUUCUUUACUUCUGCCCUGGUCCCGUUUGUACGCGUGCAUGUCAUUGCCUACCACCCUAUAUAGGGUGUACGCUCAUCAUGUAUUUCUCUCUUUCUCUUUCCGCUGUAUGUGUUCUCUCUUUCCCUUUCCGCUGUAUCUAUUCUCUCUUUCCCUCUCUCCCUCUCUCUCUGCCCUUCCCCUAUUUUUAUUUUCUCCUCUAUAUGUUCUUUCUCCCUGCCCUUCACUGCCUUGUGAGUGGGUUUUCUCCCACUUUCAUAGUUUCUUUUGUUCUCUCUUUCUGGCGCUUUCUCCUCUAAUUUCACUACCUUCUCUCUUGUCUUCAGUCUUUUUUAUUUCUACCUCUCUGUUCUCUUUCUUGCAUGAAGUUUUACAGUUUACACCCACUGCGCCGAACCCUCUCUUACAAUUUUUUUAUUUUCACUUGUUGCGCCUUUUUGUACAUUCUGUUUCACUCUCUCUCAUCGACAGAAAGACUUACACGGAUAAUAUUAACAUCUUUCUUGAAGUUUGUCGAAAUACUUUUGGGCUAACUGAUGCCCAGUUAUUUGAUGCAGGAGAUCUAGAAGAUCUCUCUCAGAGAGCAAUCGCAGAUGAAUCCAAUCAACUGAAGGAAGAAAACGAUAGACGUCUUCGAAAUGUUGCUGUGACUAUUUACUGGUUAGGUCGUGUUGCUACAGCAUCAAAUUUCGAAGGCCCACAGCUUGAUUUCAAUGCUUUUUCUGGACUUUUUGAGCACCACCAUGUGAACCUGAUUCCUGAGAAAACUUCUGUGUACUCCAGCUACUGGGAGAAUAAACGUCUGCAGUCAAACCAUACCACAAAACCAGGAAUCAUUCAUGAAGAAAGAACUCCAAAGGACCACGACGAUCAACACGCAGGAGACAGUUCAUAUGAAUCCAUUGGAUCGAAAGGAUCAGAUGAUACUCACAGUGUAGGUAGUGGUGAUGGGAUGCUUGUAAACUCUGACAUGUAUUCACUUCGAUCAAGCACAUCAUCUCUGAAUAAGGCCAAUAAGGUCUAUUCUGGUAAUCUGGAAAAUGACAUGUACCAUAGUACUCCAAAUAUUUAUCAAGCAUCACACAGGUCAUCCCCCUCAGUGGACAGUGCAGAUGGAAUGUCUGUUGGGGGCCACUCAAGGCAGUCCUCAGGCAGCACAGAUAACUAUCCAACAAGAAGCUUAGUACAGAGAAGCACAUCAGUCUCUGUGGACCCUCUUCAGUUUGUGAAACCCAAAGAGAAUGCUUUGGCAAAACAAGCUGAGCAUCAACUGAAAAUUGCUAUAGAGAACAGAGAAGCCAAGGUUCCGGUCUCGAUUGAGAAUGAGGAAGACUGGCAAAGUAACCUUAAAUCUUGGAAAUCCCGUAGGAGACAAAGUUAUCAUCGAAGUAUUGAUCAAGAAGAGGUAAAAGAUGAACCAGUUAAACGUACAACUAAAACCUACAAAGAAAUGGUUGCUGAAAGAGAAAAACGUCGCAGUCUGAAGAUUCCAUUCUAUGCCGAUGAAGAACAAAAUGAGAGCAGAAAUUUCUACUCUACAUCUGAUGAUAAUCUCCGAGCCUCAUUUAGCUCUGAAUCGGGAAACUCUACCACAGGCCAUAAUGAUGAUGAUGUAUUUCAUGCGAAGAAAAAUCCAAUCACAUCUGAAAGGACACAUCCUGUUAUUAACAAAAUUGAGAAACAAGAGCCUAAUGUUGAUAUAAACAGCAAUAACACCAAUAAUAAUAAGAAUAAUUAUAAUGUUGAGAGUAGCCAAAAAGAGUCCAGCCUUCAGCCAGUAAGUGAUUCCGAGAAAUUGGUCAGCAAAGAGAUUGACAGACAAGAAGGUAACGCCGAGAACAACAACAACAAUGCCAAUGCUUACAGUUGGAAAGCAAUCCAACCACAAGUUGCAUCUGUCGCAAUGUUGCCAGCCAAAUCAGAAAAAACAAAUGCCCGAAUGGACAGAAGUAGCAAGGGUUUUGUUGAGCGGACAAUAAAAAUCAGUCAAAAAUUGAAAAGUGAGAAAGGAUUUGGUUUUCUCAUUAAAGGCGGAACUGACCAAAAGACUCCCAUAACUGUUCAACGUAUCCAGCUUGGAAGUGCUGCUGACGUCUGUGAAUUGCGCUCCAAAGAUGUCAUAGUCAGCAUUAACAAAGUGGAUGUUCGGCAGUUUACUCAACAAAAGGCACAACAGCAGAUAGACAAAGCAGCACAGAUGGGCCAAAUUGAACUACGGGUCAGGCGCUAUUUCAGAGGCAGUGCUGCUAACAGCGAUGAUAAUUUGGAUUUACUCAGUGAUGAAGAACCUGAGCCUGAAGUAGAGCACAUCCCCCGAAGUCGGCGCCUUAAAAACAUACCCAAAACUUCAAGCACAGAAGUUCCUGAACAGCCUCUCCCUCCGUUACCACCAAUACCAAAUGAGCCAUUGAUGAAUGAAGUAGAAAAUGACAGCCAUAUAGCCCAACCAAUGUUUCCCGAUGUAGUACCUCCACCUGUCGCUACUGAUAUAACAGUCCCCAUCUCUGAUUCAUCCCCUGAAGAGAUUUUACCUCCACCACCACUACUUCCUACUACUGAUGAGAUAGCACUGGAACCAGCUCAGCCUCCAGAGAGAAUUUCUGAAAAAAUCACUGAUUUACCUGACAAUAAUGUAAGAGAAACUCCAAAAAUCAGUAGCGACAUCCAAGCAGUCACUCCUACUGCCAUUCCCAUUCCUACCAAUGAUCCCCCACCUGUGGUGCACCAGCGGAUAUCCACUUCGGAAUCAGUCACUUCAACCUCUGCUAUUCAGCCACCUGCCUUGUUGUUACGUUGGCAAUCCCAGAAUCGGGAGAAAAAGACCUCGAAAGAAAAUGUAAAAGUAGAAUCAGAAGCUGUUACUUUACGUUCACAUGAACCACGGCCAAGUAGCUUUUAUCAGAAUAAAAAUUUAUAUGCUCUUGAUUCUAACAAGAGAUUAUCAGACAGCCGUUUUAUUGUCAGAGAUAUUCGGCAGUCCUUGGAGAAAGAGAAAAACUCCACUUUUAUAACGCCUGUAAGCACUCAGGUGACUAAAACAAGUGUUGUCAACAGCAGACAAGUUCCACCAGCACCUCCUCAGCAGACAGAAGUGUCCUCCAGCCACAUAGAUGUAAAGUCAUCUCCUUUGGUCAUACAAAUCCCUACACAAAAUAAUUCAGACUCUCUCCUACAAAUUGACCUCAACAAUCAACAGAUGAUGCAACAACAGCCACAAAAUGGUAGCAAUCAACUUCCAGAAUAUACCUUUCAUGUUGACCUGAACAAAAAACCUGUUGAGAAUGAAUUGAAAAGCCAGAUUACCUUUAGUACUGAGAGCAGCUUGAAUACCAGAAGUGAAGAUGAAUAUCAAAUGGAAGCAACCAAAAGUGAAGAAUUGAGAAUUGCAGAAGAAAGCAGGAUUGCAGAAGAGCGACGCCUGAUUGAGGAGGAAAAGCAGAAGCGCCUCCAAGAAGAUAGAGCUCGACAAGAAAUAGAAGAAAAGAAACGGUUAGAAAAGAAAAAAGAACAAAUUCGACUUGAAGAGGAGAAACUGGCCCAGAAGAAGAGAGAAUUGGAACUAGCACAGCAGGAAAUCGAAGAAAAUCGAAGACGGCUUCAACAAGAACAACAAAUUGCUGAGCAAAAGAAACUUCAGCAAGAGGAACAAUUAAGAAUAAAAACUGAGCAGUUGAAAAAAGAAGAGCAGUUGAGACAGUAUCAACAGCAGGAACAAAUGAAACAGUUGGAAGAAGAGAAGGUUCGACUGAAACAGCUACAGAAACAAAUAGUGGCUCCGGUGCAGGCCCCACAGAGAUAUCAGCCAUCUCCCCAACCUUAUCAAGCUGCAGUCAGUUCUGAAACAGUAAAGGUGUCACCAACUUCACAGUACAACAACCAAAGUUAUACAACUUCUCAACCUACCAGAGGCACAAGUGUCUUCACAAAACCAUAUAGCUCAGUUCAAAUAACUCACCAAAAGAAGCCAGUCUUGUCUGGAAAAAUGGAGUCUGUUAUUUCGCGAUUUGACAAACCCGAGGAAGAAGUUAGACACUCACAGAAAUUCACACGAGAGGAUUUGUUAGCAAUGAAUCGCAAGGCAACUCCUCUACAGCAAAGACCAGAAAUAAGCCCCACUUCUUCUCAGCGGAUGUCACCCAUCUCACGAGAGCCACCAAGCAAGACAGAGUUACGUUCAUUGAAUGCUGUUCCCAAGGCCAAGCACAGAGAUUCAGCAGAGUGGAUUGUUUCGGAUCGUAAUAAUGAAUUAGAGAGAAAGCCAGUGAACAAAUCUCAAGGUUUUCGCCAGCCAAUGUUAAGACAGCAAGAGAUACAGUCCAGCACGCAGGUUCAUUGGGUCGUAGAGGAAGCAGAAAGGCGAAGAUUUGCUGAAAUGCGCAACCCCCAAAACAAAGGUCCUUUGCAUGAUGAUUACUCUAAACAGGUAAAUUAUCCAAUCCAACCUGCUGAAAGUCCCAAUCUUUGGCGAGAUUUACCUGCAGCUUCCCAGAAAGGCUUUAAUCAGCCAUUACCCAAGUAUCCUACUUAUGACCGUGCAUCAAGGGGUUCACCAAAUGGAUCAGUUCGCCCUUCUGCUUCCCCUGAAACCUUAAACCAGACCAAUCCCAGAGCUUCAUAUGCUUCCUAUGGCAGCUCAGUGAGUCCUCGCAGUUUGAACUCUCCUUCAAAUGUAAGAACUCCUGACAGUUAUGGGGACAACAAUACAGCUUCUGAAGGCUAUGAAAGCUUGUCUGCUGUGGACAGUGUGAGCCCCAGGAGCACUGGUUCUCUGUCAAACCAGGCUCUUGAUCCUAAUUCAAACACCAUGCUGAUUUCCCACCAAAGGGAUGACUCCACCUCAUCAAAGCAUUCUGGAAAGUCAACUGCUAGUAGUAGCAGUGAAUUGAAUGAACAAGUUGCAGUUUGUGGCACUGAAAAAUGUUCUCACUGUUCAAAGGAGCUUGGGUCUGGUGCUGCUAUGGUCAUUGAAUCCCUCAGCCUCUAUUACCAUGUCAAGUGCUUCCGUUGCUGUGUUUGUAAUGUCCAGCUUGGUAAUGGCUACCAGGGUGCAGACGUUCGUGUCAGAGGGCACAAGUUACACUGUCACGACUGUUACAGCAAUGAUGAAGCUGGUCUCAAAUUCAGCAAAGUGUGA